AUGUUUGGCCCAGUCUACUUGGAUGUUUUAACCUUCUUCUACCCAAUAGGCAAUACACCUGCAGUAUGCCUCACUCGGAAUUUGCCACGUGAGGGUCAAGGCGACAUCCUUCUCUUGGGCUGCGGUGAUGUUCGCAACGUGUUGUUUACUCUAUACUCCGAGCAGACCACAUCUCGAGAGCUUGACAUCACCUGCUGCGAUCUCCAGGAAGCCGUCAUUGCCCGAAACAUUCUCUUGUAUUCGCUUGUUCUUGACGACUCGGACGGCGCAAAUCAACCAUUCAUUUGGAAUACCUACUACCACUUCUACCUGGAUGAGCAAUCUCUCAAAAUCCUGAACGAUCAAGCGAAGAAACUGGCAUCCUUGUCUAAUUCAAUGCGCGAGUGGCAUGAUACAGCAUACGGUCGUAUUCUACGAUUCUGUGACUCGUCUACACUCACUCGCGUACGAGCACUGUGGAGGUCAUACUCCAUGCAGGAUUCAGCGCAAGAGGCAAAGGCCGAUUUCAAUCGCCUCCUCGAAGCAAACUUGCAGCGCGCCAGAGAUGUCAAGGCAUACUAUAUUAAAGAUGGCUAUGUAACAACGGCAACACGAUCUGCCGCUCCGCUUGGGGUUCAAUCUAUGGAAGCCGCGCAUGAAUCAUACCAACACUAUUGGAAGCAUGGAAGCACAAGCCAGGAUCCCAAAGUGCUUGCGGAGACCAUUCAUCCGAAUCCGUUGUUUGCCUACCAUGUUACCGAAUCGUCAACGCUUCACUAUGGAACAGAUCCGCUUUUAGGCUUUCAUCUUGCGACAGCACUCGCGCCACUGGCAAAAGGUUCUCCCUUCGCACAUAGUUUUUCCAAGAAACCCACGCUUGUCAAAGUGGUAGAGGCAGCGCAGCUUCAAUUUGGAGCGUGGUGCAAGGCCCUCAGACUACGGUCUGCGGAAACUCUGACCAUUCGGUUCUUUGCAGGAGAUGCAAUUGCAUUUGCACGUGCUUUAAAUCACGCCGAUGUGGCUGGAGACAUCCAGUCUGCGAAUAUUUAUCGGGACUUCUAUCACCUAGAACCGAUCAAGCUUGACGAUGCGGAGUAUAAGACCGCCCAGGGGGCGCCUCUCUCAUUCACGGUGAUCGACACGUCAAAUCUUAUCGAUCAUCUAGGAGCUGUAAACCUUCUAUCAGCGACGACACCUUUACUGAGAAACGAGGUCUCAUCUAGUCUGUAUACAGAGUCCCUGGUCAAGCGAGAACGAAACCACCGGGCCUAUACCGACUCUCUCCUCUGCGGUGACUUUUCUACGAUGUCAUUGAUGCUUAACCUUUUUCCGAUUGAAUACUGGACUAAUGCAUCAAGCUUGUCUUCAGCCGACGAGGUGAUCUUCGACAUCGCCGCGCGCCUCAGUGGUGCCGAAGAAGUGGGGCAGAUGCGCAUCAGGCUGACAUGGAAGCGUUUGAUACUGCCUCGAUAUGCAAAAAUGGGGGUAACAGAACGAAGAUUGCGAUUCAAUGAGGCUGACUUGGCUCACAUGCUUCAUAAAGUCUAUCAGACUAUGUUCCAACACGAGAACGUGCAAUCGCUCUCCUCGAACAUGGAUCUGCUAAAGUUGAGCAGAAGCUCCAUAUUGCAUUACCACCUCAAAUCUUCCAGUGGAGACGGAAUCAGCAAAUGGAACGACCUUCCAAGAGUAGUUUGCAUCACAAUGAAAGUUCCAAGGAAAGCCUUAGUAACGUUGACCGGCCCUAAACCUACCGAGAUCGGCACACCGAUAGCACAUUGCCUUGUGCAAUCGCCUUACUCAUCCAACGCCGGAAGGUGGCAAAAUAUCUUCUCUGCUGUCCAGAUUGUAUUCGGCAAGGUCACGACAACUGGCAUACGCAAUAGCAACAACUUCGCAAUUGAAGUCGAAGAAGAUGAGCUGAGGUGGAAGGGUACCUCUCCCCUCGUUGUGUCAUUCCACGCCCCCUCCUGGUUCCUCCUAAUUGAGCCACAAGAUGCCGUUGUAGCUUUUGGUCUACAGAGUACACCUCAUAGUUCGCAGAAAUUCAUGCAAUCACUCGGGCUCGAGAUGAACGUGUAUACAACGACUCUGGGCAAUGAAGAACACGUCUAUGUCACGAAAUACUCGCCUAACCUUUCUGGCACUGCGUCAAUUCAUGGAAUUAGCAGUCAGAAGCAUAAGGCACUACCAAAUCAAGAGACCAGAACCACAAUGACAGCCAGCAUCAUGCGAUCCCAAGGACGCAUCUCUUCACUCACUGGUCGUAUUGAUCUGCUCUCGAAUAAUCUCAAGGACAUGUUGAAGAGCGGUUGCGCUUUGCAGACAACCCAAACCGCGCCUUGCGAAGUUACCAUCUCCUCCAUGGACGACAAAGCUCGACUACAGCUCCAAUUCCCAGUUCCAGUCGUCGGGAACAACAGCAAGACGCGCAUCGCAAGAAAGUCCUCCUAUGUGGAGGUAGAAGCACCCAUCCAUGCGAAGACGUGGCUAUCCUUUCCUGCAUUCAUCUCUUCUCGAAUCUCGGACAGUGGAAAGACAUGCUUAUCCAACAUGCAUACUCUUAGCUUGGACAAACUACCAGUACUGGACACAACGAACAAAACUCAACUCGAGUGGCUAACAACGCACACAUCUGGGAUGUUAUCUGGUAGAGAACGCAGACUACGUGAGGAGUCAAAGGCUUCGACGCGCAUCUCAACAGUGGAUACGGCAGACGCCCGAGUAAGCUUCAAAGACUCAUUGUUCUCUCUCUUCAUGCGCUUCACCGGAUUACAAGGUGAUCAAUCAAAGGUUUUUGGGCUAAACGAUCCAACCGGCGGCGGCGUUCACAUUCUCAUUUUCGUCUCCUGCAUGAGACUCGAUAUUGGGAGUCAAACUGUCGUACUUGACACAGCGGUAUUGCCUCUCACCAAGAGCCUGGUUUCGAAAAUUGGGAGCUUCUUAGCGGCAAUAUCAAACAGAGGAUUUUGCUCUAUCAAGGUGGAUGGCAAAGAACUCGAUCUCUGGAGGCAAAUCCUUCCAUCCUUCGCAGAGCGCUGCAGGACCUGGGAACAUCGCUCCUCUUGUGAUUAUACCAACGCAAAGAGUCAGCGGACUAAAGAAGCAAACGAUGUCUUCUGCUCUUGCGGGCGCGGUCUUCUGCCAAAGGAUUUUAUCACGGGCGUUGCCAAUUGGUCUGAUGUGGCUAGAUAUACCACGAGAGCGGCUAUAUCUCCCAUCUUCUCGGUUCCGGUUGUUGAUCCCCCGUAUGAAGGUUUGCCAACACCCGGGCCAUCAAACACAAUGAGCUGCAGGACGUGUGGCAAAGACGAAGAAGCUCAUGGGGGGAAGCUCCUCAAAUGCAGCGCGUGCCAUGAGGCCAAGUACUGCUCUUCUAAGUGUCAACAGGCUGAUUGGAAGAAGCAUAAAAGCUCUUGCAAAAAGAAGAAGAAGGGACUUUGA